AGUUGCUGUCAGAGGCACCAUACAUUUCAGGGAGAGUCGCCGCCAUUAUUUAUCGUAAAUCGCGGCAUAUUCUGCACGGAAUUGGUGCUAAAGCGGUUGUCGUGCCGAAAAGGAACCGGAGUGCACCGCAAGAUCGUUAUCACAUCAGUGCCAGACGUGCGAGUGUGGAAAUAAUAGUGGCAUUUCCCGAGUGCGAGCGUGCUGUGGAAAACGCGACUCGAAAAAGUGAACGACGCCGGGAGUGCGAAAGCGAAGCCGCCACGGGUAGCUGAGAAAGGAAGAAGAAGCAGCAGCAGCAGCGGUGGUUUCUGCAAGCGUGCUUGUGUGCGUGUAUGGUCUCGGUGCGUGCGUCCGUGAUUGCGCGUGUGUUAGUGAGUGUUGGUCGUUUUCGCGAGAAGAACUUUACCAACGGUGGAAAACGCAUUGACCGAAACAUCCAAGCAGCAGCAGCCCGGAAACAAACAUGGAUCUUGGCGGUACGGCGAAGGCGGCGACGGUGGCCUCUCCGGAGUCCACGGUUGUUGUAGUCGAAAAAGCGUGUCCUGUUACGGAUGUGGCCGAAAAGCCCGCAGCAUCUGGCAAAAACGGUUCGGUCCCAGACUCCAGUGCUGAUUCGACGAAGGAUUCCGCUAGUGCAGUAGCUAGCUCGCCCGGGAAGCCUAAAGAAGCUUCCAAGGAAACGGUUUCGUCGCCCUCGCCCAAGAAAGCAUCCGACGAUGUUGUUGCUAAAGCUGACGGGGCAAACAGCAUAGCGGAAGUUACGAAAAGUCCCUCAAAACAACCUGCCGUAACAACCAGCACACCGAGCGAAAAGCCACAGCCAGAUAGCGAGCCGGGUCGGCCCGAUACAACACCACCGAACGAUAAACUGGGCCAGCAGCAGCACCAGGAUCAGAUUGAUGAAGAUGAUGAGUUGUUGAAGCGGAUGGAAGCGAUAGAAAAGGGUGAGGAUUUGGAUGCGCUGCCGGAAGAUGUAAACCAUCAGAACGGUACGCUGGAAAAGACACCAGAAAAAAAGGAAUCUGCCGGAAAGGCAAUGGAAGUCGGCGCUGUAGAUGCUGCUAAAGCUAUGGCGACGAAAUCAUCGGAAGCAUCAGUGGAAAAGGUGUCCGAAUCGGAUGUGGUAAGUCCAGCCUCCAAACGAAAACAUCCGUGUUCCGUAGAGGAGGUCGAGCCUCAAGUGAAAAAGGUGCACAUCGCUGACGUGACGGAUGGUCCCGCCGAGUCGAAAGGGACCACAAGCUCGGAAAAACAACAUUCCCUCGCUAAGCAACCGACAAGUGGCGAACCAUCGGAGGAACCACCUGGACCAUCCGAAAGCAACGCGCAGCAGAAGGACGAGAAGCCACCGUCGUCGGUUGAGAAGAUGGAAGUGGACGGAUCGCCAGAACCGGAAGCUUCAUCUCCGAAGGAUGUAGAACUGCUGGCCGAUACGGAACCGAACACGGAACCGGAUGCUAUGGAUGAGAAAUCCGAGGAAAUAAGUUCGUCGGUCGUGGAAGAACCGAUGCGCCAGGACGGAGAAGCGACCGAAAGUUCCAACAAGGCAGACCACUCGAAUGUGUCCAGCUCGGACGACAAACGGGAGGGCACGACGACGAUGGCGAGCGAAAAUCCCAAACCUCCGGACAGUGAAGUCUCCGCGUCAGUGCUUCCGACGCCCUCCGGAGACGAAGCCAUGGAUGUGGAUGAGGACGAAAAUGAUGUUGCCGAGAGCAGCAGUACCGGACCCGCACCGGCGGUUGUUUCCGUUCCUGUACCGGUAGUGGAGCCUCCGUGUGUCAAGAAGGUUGCGUAUCUGUGCGGUGAAGAGGAACCGAAAGAGGCGGACGAAAAGGAUGCCGUUGCUUCGACUGUAAAGCCUACCGCGUCCUCUGCCGCCACAUCUUCAACACCACCAGCGAAAGAGGUGGGCGAGCGGAUGGAUGUGGACUCGGCGCCAAAAGCAUCUUCGAGCAGUGUUGCAGCCGCUAAACCGGUGGCCGUCGAACCAGAGGAUGUGGUGGACAGUAGCAACAUCGUUACGACUGCCCCGAAGAUAGUGGUGGAGUCGGUGGAGAAGCCCUCGGAAUCGGUCAAGGCACCCGCGGAAGAGGACAGUAUCGUCGAAAGCUCGCAACCAUCAUCCAGCAGCGACACGAAGAAAAAACAGCCAAACGAACCGCUGCGCGAAGCCGUGCACCGGAAUGCUCUACUGGCCAAGGCAACUAGCACACCGAACGCAACUGCGACCGAGUUGACGCCUUCGUCCUCCAAUCCCUCAACACCCAAGUCGCUAAAUCCGGUAACGACAUCCGCCGUCAGCUCGUCCAACGUUUACAGCUCCACCCCGAUCCAUCCGAGCUUUGGAAAGGCGGUAAGCUCGGGAAAUGUAAGUAAAAUCACGAACCCACCAUCGUCGAUAGAAUCCAGCAGAAUAGAGGCGGACGAAACAGCGGCAACGACACUGACCACCACCACCACCAGUUCGUUGAAUGAGACGGACGCGGAAGAAAAGAGCGCUGCUGCUGGCCACACGACAACGCCGGCGGCGAAAAGUUUGCCUUCGACAACGGAUACGGCCUCCUCGCAAACGAUGACCGCUUCGGCCGCCACAUCCGACUCGUCCGUCAAAAGUGCUUCGCCGAAGAAGGAGUUGCGGCACGAAGAGUCUAGCAGUUCGUCGAAGGGGGGUAGUCUGCACAAAUCGGGCGACAUUUCAGAAGUGGAUUCAUGCACAGCCUCCGGAAUGAACACUGCGGAAGAGAUCAAUUUGUACGUGAGCAACGCUCGGAAGCUAAAUGGCAUUUCCUCCACCUCGGAAGGGUCCGAUCUGGAUGCUAAAGACGAUGUGGCCAAACCGCUCGUAUCCGUCAAGCGAGAGGAUGAUGGCAAGCCCAGCGUCAGCUCGAUACAGCUAGACCUUUCCCGUGCCAUAUCGCCUACGACCUCUGCCGAACAGCAGUACGAAGUGAGCGUGUGGUACGAAGGCAAGGAACUGCAGUUUAUGUCGGUGGAACGAAUUCACGGUGGCGGCGCGAAGGCUGCCGCUGACACGGCCACGCACGAUGCGUUCAACAACGAUUCCUCCUCAAAGCAAUCAUCCACGGCCACCACGAACGGUAGCGUCAGUAGUAUAGGACCGUUCGCACUUCCCGGAACGCAGGCAGCCGCGAGCGCUACCCAAUCAUCCGACAGCAGCUCCUCGUCGUCGUCGUCGGGUGUCACCGUCACCGGGGUAAGGUCGACACUCUCGGUCACGGUGCCUCAGAUGAAGCAAACGGUAAUGGGACCGAAAGCGCUGUGCGAUUUGGUGAUUGAGGAGUUUAAAAAGCUGAGACGAACGUUUGCGCCGGACGAUACCACCGCGGACGACGACGAUGGUAGCGGCACACAGUUGUUGAAGACGCCCAAAACACCGAACGCUGGGCGGGGUCGCAAGGAAAGCGCGAAGAAGAGUGGUCCGCGGGGCCAGAAGCGUUCCAAGGCAGCCGACAGCGAGGAGGAGGAUGACGAUGGAGGGAACGAGUCGCGCACGCCACGCUCCUCGACCGGAUCCGCCUCGAAGCAAGCGACCAAACGCUCGAAACUGGUACCGACCAAUGAUUCCCCGGUGGCCAGCUCGAGCACCACGCCAAAGUCGAAAGCUGCGCUGGCCGCGGAACCGAAGCAAUUUGACAUUUGCUGUCUGGCACGGUGGACCGACCGCAAGUAUUAUGCCGGCCGGGUGACCAACUACCGGGGGGAUAAUAAGUAUGUGGUGGUGUUCGAGGACGGGUGCUCCAAAACGCUGUCGCGUGACAUCAUCGUGUUCGGGGAGGAUGGCGUGCUGCCGAUCCAGCACCACUCGAUUCACGCCCUCACCGGUGGCGACACGUACGAACCCGCCAUCGUGGAGGAGAUCAAGCGAACCGAGGCCAACGAGGUGGUGUACGGUGUGCGGACGGCGUCCAGCACGCUCGAGGUAACGGCCACCGACAUCUAUCUCACCGACGAGCAGGCCAAGUGGAUCCACAACGCGUGCAAGGACAAGCCGAACCCGAUUCAAAAGCUGCUGCAAUCGGCAGCGGGCGCCACGGGGACCGGCGGCACUGGUGCGGCAGGAGAUGCUGCCGGUGGCAGUGUGGGCAGUGGGCCGGAAGCAAACCCGUCCCUAGCGGCGUCGGAUUCGGUGACGGAUGCCAGCGACAAAGGCGCUCGUUCCACGCGCAGCAAACGUGGUGGCGCGGGAGCACUGGACAAAUCGAUCGGAACACCGGAAGCUGGCUAUUCGGGCGGAGUCGGUAAAAAAGGACGCCGUGGACGAAGGCUUUCAUAAACAUUCUGGCGAAAGAAUGCGCCCUCCUCUUCAAAAACAAAUAGCACCAGCCCCCCAGACCCCCCCCCCGCCCCCCUGUACACCUUGCGCCCACUUCUGUCCUUAACUACUACUACCACUACUACAUAUACAUGCUAUCUACUCCACUCUCUCUCUACCACUUAAAUACUCAGAGUUGAUCCGUCGGGUCUCCACCACCAACGAGACAACGGCGGCGACGACGACGGCGACGAAGACGGGCGGAGGGUCAGAGAAUCUUUCGAUUUUAAAAGCAAUGACGAAUUGAGCACACGAAUCUAAGCCAAGCGCAUCCUUUCCGUUAUUAAAGCACACACACGCACACACACACUCACAGAACGAGUGUAGAUUUGAAUCCUGGAUGAAGGACGCGUAAUUUAGACAAGAAUGCAACUCUGUUUGGUCCGUUUUAGUAUAGAGCGCGCGUGUGUGCUAUACUGUGAGGGUUACUGUUGUAGCCCUUGCUUUUUCUUAAUAGAUCUUCCAGAGACCCCAAUCUCUCUCUCUCUCUCUCCCCCAACACCCUCAUUAGCCCUCAAUAAUGACCGAGACCCGCCAGUUCGGGGGGAUGAGCUCACACACUCACUCUGCUGGUUCGUAUACAGACACAGGCACACACAGAACUCAAAUUGUUUGGCAUUCCUGUGAACUCUCUGAAGCAUAUUAGCAAAAAGAAAACACACGCUGUCCGUCUAUGUUCGGAGCGUACAUGAAGGUACAUUGAAGGUAAUACGGCUGCGUACACAAAACACCUCGGUGUGUACGAGGCUCUUAGUGUUAGGUUUUAACAAAUGUCAGCAACAGCAAAAAAAAAGGCGGAUUGAUUAUAAAAUAAGGCAGGUAUAGAGGGAAGCGAAGCGGAGAUAGAAAGGAGUGCGCGUGGAAAUUCAAACACACAAGUUCAAUGGUUAAAUUCUAGACGGUGUAAGUUAUUAGAGUAGCAAAUGGAUGGAAAUAGAGGAAACACUAGCGGUGCGCCAUCAAAGCCAUCUCUCGCGAGCGCAUGGUUAUAAUAAUCGCACAAAAUUCAGCAUAAUAUCUCUACGUAACACGCUGGGUAGUAAUUUUGAUUUUACGUUCCCUUUUCCUUCGCGAUGGCUUACGAUGACCCAGAUUUUAGGAUGAGUGUAGCCAGCUUAGGAGCGGUACGAUUUUAUCCCUUCUUUCGUUUAUCUCCUUUUUUAAUCGGUAGCAGAUAGCGAGUCGUUACUUCUGGUGGUGAUGUGCCGAUGGUGAUAAGGAGGCCACCGCUAAUCGAACUCCAAGUACUAAUAACGAAGCUGUAUUAUGUGUUUCUUCCAUCAAUGUAAUGACUUUUAAUCUGGACACUACUGUCACGGCUAGGAGUAGCGCGCGGUUUAAGGUAUCUAGUAGAUAAUUGCAAGCAACCAACCACAAGGGGGGGAAGGACUCCCGCCGACCUAUCCUAUCGGCGCCGGUGGCGAGAGAGACGAAUUUUACGCAUAAAAGUAGUAGGUAACGCAGCAUUAUGAGUUUGAGAUGUAAAAUAGCAUAUACAUAUAUAUAUAUAUACGUAAGGUAAAGGGCGCCCGUGUGAGGUGGUGUUUGAGGACAAAGAGUACGCUCUAGCUGAUUUGAUACAGGUACAGAGACGCACCGGACAACCCCAUACACAACACACCCGCCCUCUCUGUAAUGCCACGCUAGAAUCCUCAGUGGGCAGUGUUUCUUGCAGCGAGCGGCGCGCCGUAGCAAAUGUAAAUGAGGUGCACGCAAACUGUUCGCUCGGUCGCUGGCUCUAUAUCAAACAUUCUGUAAAAAAUAACAAACUCAUCUUGAAAAACCCUCUCGGACACCGCGCUCGACGCGCUUCCCUCUCGGUGGGCAAUACAACUAUGAAAGUAUCAGCAUUAGUUCGUAUGGUUUAGAGAAUCGUAGAAGAGCGCAAUAAGCGCACACACACACACCCACACAUAUAUAGUACAUUUUAGCGAGCGAAAUAACAAUACGAAAGCCAACGCACCCGUAAAUCGAUGCACCACUGCGUAAAGCGAGCGAAGGAAUCGUUUAAUCGGUUUGGGGGUCGUCGCCGCAAAACAGGCAGCAUGUGCGUGAGCAACACCACCAUCAAGCCGGGGAUGAGGAAGCAGGCUCCAUCGUGUGCGACCGCGCAGCAACCGACGACAAUCCGCAAAAUGCCCGUGUGCCCCCUCCUCCCCGUGGUGAACAUGUAUCAAACUGGCUCUUCGAAUAAAAAAAUGGUCAAAUAAACAACCCACAAAACGAUCCGGAAGCA